UUAGGCGGAAGGAGUUAGGCUGUUGUCACAUGGUUAGUGGGAGUGGUUGAGACAUUUUAUGAGAGAAGUUGAACAGUUAUGUAUUAAAUCUUCAGAAAACUCAAAAGUUGAAGGGGACGAUAACAUCUGCAUUGCAUUGGCCUGAAAAUAUGGAAAUUCCUGCGGUAAACCUCAAGGCCAUAGUACUAAUGCACUGGCUACUGACCAUCUGGUGAGUAAGUGGGUGGGUUGGCUCCUCUCAAGGGUUUUUCAUACACCUGUGGAAUUUCGCUUGUUGCCGACUCCAACUGAGGAAAGUGGUCUACAUGGUUCACUUGUGUUGCGUUUUCUCUAUGGAUGGCUGCACUGAAGACUUCAUAGUUACAGUCAGUCACAGAAGAGGCUAACUUUAACCACAAGCUGAUAAUGGACCACUUCUCAGCUACAUGCUUUUCCUCCAGAGUUUGUCAAAUACAAUUAUCAAUUUGCAGAUUUAUGAGGCCUACUCUUUUAGAGACGCUAGUAUAUGCUUAACAUUUGGAAGUGUCUGUUGGUAUUUUUUACUGUGUGUGGUUCCUAGGGGCUGCAUGGCCUGGCUACCCCCCUCCUAUGCCUGGGGGAACUUCAGUGUCCUGGCUGUGGGUGUGUGGGCCAUCGCUCAGAGGGACUCCAUCGAUGCUGUACUUAUGUUUCUUAUUGGGAUUGCAGUGACGAUACUGACGGACAUCAUCCAUUUUGGGAUCUACUAUCCGCUGGCCGAGGGUCUAGCAGAGAGGAACAGGGACACAUUCCGCUUCAGUGCCGGCAUGGCCAUCCUGGGCCUGCUACUCAAACCUGUCUCUUGCUUCUUCGUCUACCAAAUGUACAGAGAACGUGGAGGAGAUUACAAUGUCAACUUUGGCUUCCCCAGUGUAACACGAAACAGAGAUGCUUACCAGUCCAUUGACCAGCAGGACCAGUCCACCAGCUCAGCCAACCCCUUCAACCAGGCCGAGGGCACCAAGCCUGGACCACCACACUCUUACUGAGAUACAGCACUCACUUUAUUCUCUUGGAAUUACAUGCUGUCAAGAAGACAUCCAUAAUGUUUUUUUCCUUUCAUAUGGGUAUUUGCAAACUGCAAAAGACCUUUGUCCUGAGCUUUAUUCAAUCCCUUACCAGUAAUGCCUCGUUCUAAAUACUCACUGUCAUGGUAAAAUAAUAUGAUCUGCUUACUGUAUGCUUGAUGCUCAGGGUAAUGUCACAUACACUGGAAAUACCUUGGACCCAAGCCCAACACUAAAAGGAGAAGCUAAGUUUUUGAAUUUUAUGGUGUAGUAACAGUGGGAUAAUACAGAAUUAUACAGCAGAGUUUGCCUGCCUUCUUACCAAUAUCUACCCUGUCCUAAAUGCUACUAUAUUUCUUACUUUGACUUUAUUUAAAAGAUGCCUGAUGAAAGGUCUGUGUUGUCCUAACCCUUAAAGAUGGACAUGAGCGUUUACAACAGUAUUAUUGCCAGUGUUUGGAAUAACCAGUGCUCUGGUUGUGUUAUGUUAGUGUAUCAUAAGCUAUUCUCAGCACCACCAUCUACUCAAAUCAAAACUUAUUGAAGAUGUCAAAUAGAGAGGAUAAUGGUGGUGCUGUUUGUAAACCCUUCCAUUUGACUAUUAAUUUUAACACAAUGCCAUCAGACAUUUCCAGUUUUACCUCACCAUCUAUGUGACAGAGCAUUACAGCUUUCAGGGAGGACUUGUAUCUCUUUGUUGUAAAGUCAAAUAUAACCCUCGUGUUAGAUCCUGUUUCAGGAUCAGGAGUGUUUUGAAAAGGUCAAGAUGCAGAAAGCGUGCAAGUCAUUUGGUCUGCAACAGUUCUUUGACAUUUUUUAUUGAAACUAGUUCACUCUGAGUAUCAGAAUUAAGAAUGAGAGAGACUUUCUGCCUUCUAUACCUUACGGGUAGGAUUUACCUCUGAGCUGAGAGAGAAGCAGAUAUCUGUUACAGCCCAGUAAAUAUGAAUAUGAACUUCCUGGUUGUGAUUUGCAUAGUUUUGUCAGUGUUUUAACAGGGCACAUUCUUUGUAAAAUGUUAGCACUUGUGUCCUCAAUCAUUCCAAAUGCAUAAUUUUUUUAUGUACCUGAUCAAUUUUGUUAGGUUUUUGUCUUUGCCUUUCACGUGUAAAUGCACUAAAGCAUUUGAAAUGCUUUAGUGCACUCUUAGCUUUACAUUGACUGAGGUAAUUUUCUUUAACAACUAAUGUGUUUGUCCCAGCAGUGUUGAGUUGUUCUCUUGAUAAAAUACAGAAACUCUAUUGAUCUGAAUGAGUUACAAGCCAUAUUGAUUUGAGUAACAUGGGUGAAUACCAAACAUUCACAACCUUGAAAUUCUAUCCAUAGUUAAUUAAAAAAACUACAGCUCUGACAUAAUUUGCAUUUUUCAUGGAGUGUUUUAUUGAAGUAUAAUCCAGGGUUGAGAAAAAUAUGCAUAAUAACUUUUAAAAAACUAAAUGCUGCAGUACUUGCACUUAACCAAAUGCUAUACCCUUGCACUUGUCUAUUGAAACACUAGACAAUUAAUCCGUUUUCUACACUUAACAAAAAUAUUAAAGCAACAAUUUCAAAGA